GCAUGUGAAACAAGACCUUCCAUAUUUAUUUUAGCAAUAUCUCAGAAUUUGCUCUUCUCAUCCUCUCCCUCUUCUCCGGUCUUCUCUCCCCCAAACCAAAACCAAAUCCCAUUUCUCCAUCUCGGAUCCCAUAAAUCCGUUCCUGCUCCUCAUCCCCGCCUCCCAAAUCCCUUCUCUAUCCCCCGACCUCACCGCAGCCUCAGCCGCAGCAGAUUAAAUCCAGUCACCUACUUGUCCCUGCGGCGAUUCCAAGCUUUCCCUGUUCAUCUUUUCAAUGGAUCCAAACUUUUUUUAGCUGCCGCAGCGAAAAAGACCCGCAGGCAGUUUGGGUGGGGGUUUCUCCGUGGAAAGCUGCGCGCUUUUGCUCGUCUCCUUUGGGGGAAAAGAAAUAUUCGCUUCCUUAAUUUGGGCGGAAAAGGUUUGGAUCUUCGUGGAAGAAUCUGUUUCUAGUUUGGGUCAAGCCGAGGAGCCUCGAUUUGGGGGCGGCGGUGCCGGCGAGCUGAUCUGAAAGGUCUUUAUCACUAGGCAAUUGGUGAUUUUUUGGUUGCCGUGCAGUUUCCACUAGAGAUGUCUUUCCGGAGUAUAGUCCGUGAUGUCAGGGAGAGCUUUGGAAGCUUAUCAAGGAGGGGUUUUGAGGUUAGAAUUUCAGGCCUCCCGGGUCUUUCUGGCCAUCACAGAGGGAAGUCAGUUGGUUCUCUCAGUGAGCUGCGUGAUAGACCUCUAGUAGUUGAUCAAAGCGAGUGGGUUGGUCUUCCUCCCGAAUUACUUCGGGAUGUAAUGAAAAGGCUGGAGGAAGGCGAGAGCACUUGGCCGUCCCGCAAAGAUGUUGUUGCUUGUGCAGCUGUCUGCAGGGCAUGGAGAGAGAUCUGUAAAGAUAUCGUGCAGAGCCCAGAGUUCUGUGGGAAGCUCACUUUUCCAGUAUCUCUUAAGCAGCCAGGACCACGAGAUGGAUUAAUCCAGUGCUUUAUAAAAAGGGACAAAUCGACAUUAACCUAUUAUCUCUACUUGUGCCUUAGCCCUGCUGUGCUUAGUGAGAAUGGAAAAUUCCUGCUAGCAGCUAAGAGAAAUCGCCGGACGGCAUAUACCGAAUACGUAAUUUCUGUGGAUUCUAAGAAUAUCUCGCGGUCAAGCAAUGGCUAUGUUGGAAAAAUGAGGUCAAAUUUUCUUGGCACGAAAUUCAUUGUUUAUGACACUCAAGCGCCCUACAAUGCUGGGAGCCUUGUCUCAUGCCAGCGUGCCAGCCGUCGUAUCUCUUCUAGUAGGGUUUCCCCAAAGGUACCCACUGGUAGCUACCCUAUUGCCCAGGUGAACUAUGAGCUAAAUGUGCUCGGCACUAGGGGGCCGAGGCGCAUGCAGUGCACGAUGCAUUCCAUCCCAGCAUCUGCAGUGGACCCAGAAGGUGUGGUGCCUGGCCAACCCAAGCAGCUUCUCCCUGGUCCCUUUGAGGAGUCCUUCCGCAGCACAAACACCUCCUCCAGGUUCUCUGUUACGGACUUUAGCAGCUCUCGCUUCUCAGAAAUAAGUGGAGCAGUACAGCAAGACGAGGAGGAUGGGGAGGCUAAGGAAAAACCUUUAGUUCUCCGCAACAAAGUACCAAGAUGGCAUGAGCAACUGCAAUGUUGGUGCCUCAACUUCCGGGGUCGGGUGACUGUGGCUUCCGUGAAGAACUUCCAGUUGACAUCUGCACUGCAGCCAUCUGUUGCAUCGUCUGAAUCUUCACAGCCACCCCAGCAGCAGCAAACCCAGCCUUCGAGUUCCUCGUCUUCGACAUCUGAUCACGAGAAGGUGAUUCUGCAGUUUGGUAAGGUUACUAAGGACAUGUUCACCAUGGACUACCGGUACCCACUCUCGGCAUUCCAAGCUUUCGCUAUCUGUUUGACCAGCUUCGACACCAAGCUGGCUUGUGAAUAGAUCAGUGUUAGAAGUUUUUUUUUUUUUUUUUGUGUGUGUGUGUGUGUCUUGUUGAUUUACUUAUUUGUUCACCAAGUGUGUCAAGACAAGAAAUCCACGUGCAGUGUUUGCUAAUUCUGCGUGCCUCUUUUUUUUUUAAGAUUGUAACUGCAAAAAGCUAAACAUUGAUUUGUGCCCUUUUUCCCAUGAUGAUGACUAGUCGGUGAUAUCGUGAUUUACUUAAGUCGUCACUUGUAAAUCCUGCUGAGACGACAGUCAUAAUGAUUGAGAAUGCUUCA